AUGUUCUUAAUAUUCGCCAGCUUGAUUACUAAUAAUUACAAAUUACAAGGAACACUGUCUUAUGCCGGAUCGUUCGUGAUCUUUGUAACAAUAAUAAUCAACACUUUUACCGAUGUCGACGCGAUUUAUGAUGAGGUCCAGAAAUACUGUGAGUUAAAGGUUGGUGAAAAUGGGACAGAGAUAGACGUCUUAGAGUGUAUCGUAGAUAUAUUGAAUAGCAUGCUAUCGGCAUUGCAAACUUUGAGAUAUGUUCGUUGGACGGAGAUAAUCAUUUUUAUCGCAGUUUUAAAUUACGAAAAAUUGCGAAUAGAAACCCUCCUCGGUGAUAACCAUCAAACAACUCCAUCUUACGGUGCAAUUUCGGACACACAAGAUCCGGGUUCUCGUGAUGAUGUGACACAGGGCCAAGCGGCAGGUUAUGAAGGCGAUGGGACCAGACUUGCAAAUUUAGAGCAGAGUGAUAAAGAAAAGGUUAAACUCAUUGCAGAAUCCAAUUGUGAUGUCGGGAAAAUCAAAAAGGAACGACUUGUUGCUGACGUUGCAAAAUAG